GCGUGGCCUUGACGGGUCCCUCCCUCCCCGGCUGGCUCCGCCCCAUCCCCUGGUCCUCCGGGCUUCUCCCGCGCAGACCCAUUGGGUCUUCGCACCGCGAGCCCGCGGACAUACAGACCGCCAGCCAUGGAGACGCGGGCGCGGCGGCCGCAGCUCCUCUGGCUGCUGUUGCUCUGCGGCACAUGUGCCCGCGUGUGCUGCUGCAACGAGACCCGGAUGCUGGAGAGGCUGCCCCGCUGCGGGAAGACCUUUGCUGAGAGGAUGCGUGAUGUGGCUGUCUGGAAGUGGUGUGACCUGUCCCAGUUCAUUGUCCUCUGCCGAUGCAGGUUCUACGAGAGCUUCACCAACUGCACCGAGGUGGAGACUGUCGUCGUGGGCUGCUACUGGCCCAACCCACUGGCCCAGGGCUUUAUCACCGGCGUCCACCGGCAGUUCUUCUCCAACUGCUCGGUGGACAGGACCCACUGGGAGGACCCGCCCGAUGAGGUGCUCAUCCCGCUGAUCGCGGUGCCCGUCCUGCUGACAGUGGCCAUGGCCGGCCUGGUGGUGUGGCGCAGCAAGCGGACGGACCGGAUGCCGUGACCGCAGGCCAUUAGAGCCGCGGCUGCCGUCGCCCGGUCAUGGCAGACUCCUUCCUGCCCAGGCGGCGUGCUCCCUGGUGACCGCCGGCUGGGGCCCUGUGCUUGCUCUUAAGUUCGAGCUCGUGUGUUGAGCGUCGUGUCGUCUGCUGCCGAGCGCUGUGCUCCCUAUGCUGGCCCCAGGUCCCAACCAUCUCACAGCAGAGUUCCGGCCCUGGCUCACAUCACCUCCUGCUACAGCCCUGCCUGUCCAGGCCCCAGGGAGCUGGACAUCCUCGUGUGACCCGCCGGUCUGUUCCCUCAACUCCAGGCCUCCCUGUGCCCCCUGGAGACCGUGGUCUUGUGCUGUGUCUGCCCCAACCCUCCCUUGAGUAAAGACUGUCUGCACCU